GCCGUGAUGGCUAUAUUCGAAAAAAUAUCGCAGAGCAGAAUUGUUGUGGACGACACUGAGAAACUAAUCUGUGUAGUAGAAAAUGCACAAAACAUUAACAAACACACGGAGUAUAUUUUACGAGUGCAAAGGGGGCCGAAUAAGGAGGAUAAAUGGAAUGUGUCUCGACGGUACAGGGAUUUCGCGGCGCUGCACGCGAGCCUGCAGUCCGCUAACAUCGAAUUGCCAUUGCCACCAAAGAAACUUAUUGGAAAUAUGCAACCUUCCUUUAUAGCUGAGAGACAGAUAGCUUUACAGACAUAUAUAAAUCAAGUGCUUAAACACCAGAUCCUGGCUCUAACACUGCAAGUUAGAAGCUUCUUGGACCCUAGCAACUAUCCACUAAAUUUAGCAGAACAAGCAUUACAGACCGUAUCAAUAGCUUUAAGAGGUGAUGGACGGUAUGAUCUUAAAACCCCACUGCCUGACAUUGGAUGGAGAGUACGAAAGCACUAUUUCAUUGUAACGGACAGAGAUACUCGAACAAACUGCCUAUUAUCGUGGCAGAACUAUGGCCCUGACAGGCAUCUAUGCGAUAAGGAUUUGCAGACAGCUUUCAAGAGUAUACAGAAUAUAUCUCAUCCAUUUAUAGACUCAAUCCUCGCAAUUAACAAUUUAGAAACAGGUGCAUACGUAGUUAGAAGGAUACACGAAUCGGGCACUGUUAGAGACAUGUUAUACGGCACGGACUACACGAAAAAUCAUUUAUCUAAAUAUGGAAAUCCAAAAGUGAGAAAACCUUUCACGUCUGGACAGAUAGCUCAUUACGGAUAUCAAAUGUUGGUGGCUCUGAAGUUUUUACAUGAAAAGGGAUUGCCACAUGGUCACAUUCACCCCGGGAAUAUAGCAAUUGAGAACCAAAAGGUCCAACUACUGGAUCUCGAGAACAUUCUAAUGGGUGUACCAUGCCACGACCGGCCGUACUUACUGGAGCUGAGAAAGACGUCGUCCAUGGAGGCCGUUGACGUGUAUUGCUUUGGAAGGACGUUGUAUGAGAUGGCUUUCGCUGAGCCAUUAGACCAGUAUUACAGGGACAUUUAUCCUUCUGGAAUUUAUGAAGACUUUGAAUCUGUUCUCCGCUAUUGCCUAUCAGCAGUUUCAAGCAAACAUGGCGUCCCGAAAUUAGACAGCCUACUCAGACUACCUUUUUUCACACGUUCCGUACUCAACGGGAUCACACCACGGGACGAUAGUAGAGCUCACCUCAAGUUCCCUUUAAGCGUGAAGGAUGAAUUAAGGAAUGCCAUUGUUGCUACAGAAACUAGAUUGCGGAGUGAACAGAAAUUGGUGCGCACCUCAAAAAGAGAAGUGCGAAUACAAGAAAUAUUGAAUUCUGAAGAAGAGUUGCGGAAACAGAAAAGACGAGCGAAAAAACGAGAAAGCGUCUGGAAGUCCACGUCGUCUUUGGGCGACGCGGCGCCAUCGCAUAGCGCUAGUACCACCUCGUCGCCGACACCGCCUGUUGCUUCGGUUGAAAUAAACGGCCACGACACACAAACACCAGCUGCAACUAGUCCAUCCGAUGGCCGGUCCGCGCUUCUUGACGCGAUCUGUUCUUUCGAUAUAUCCCGCCUCUCCAAGGUGAAUGGACGGUGAGACUCGACCUCCUACUUUUCAUUACUUCGUGAUUAUUGUAAUCGUUUAUUUUUGACGCUUAGAUAAGCCUCGAUUCAGGAAAACGUAAACUAAUUUAAAACCAGUGCACGUCUCUCAUUUUAAAUAGGAUUUCAUUUUAGUUUAAAGCUGUUAAAUUAAUCGGUCCCCCAUUGAAUAUUCCAUAAUAUCAAACGGCAUGCUUUUCUAUCUUCUUUUUGCUUGUUAACAGUGUAUUUUUAUAAAUUUGCCAGAGUCAUUAAAAUAUAUAUAUAUUUUUUUGUUUAACUUCCGCAUGUCAUUAAAUUGCCAAAGUUUUUAUAGAAUAUAUAAUAGCCACAUUCUUAGUCAUAAUCUCACCUGAUACCUAUUCACUUAAGUUCGGAGGGAAAUCGCAGACCUUGUUAUUUGUGUUUCAAUUUCUAAAGUUCAAGAACAUGUUUCCGAAAUGUAGUAAUAAGCAUUUCAUUGUGAAGUUCACACUGACUUUCAAAUAAUACGGUUAUGUGGUCCGUAGACCGAAAUAACCCGCCUGCAAACGUGAAACAGCGAAUCAGUAAACUAUAACCGAUUUGUUGUGCGUAAAUAUAAACAAUGAUAAUCAUGGUGGAGGUAGACAUAAAAUAAAAUUUUGAGCUCUGUUUCUUAAGAUCUAUCUCUUGUGUAUCGCUCGCGUUGUUGGUCCGUGGACGAAAAAUAACUUCCAAUGGAGAAAAUCCAAAAUGUCCUAAGAAAUUGAUGUAAAUUUUCAAAUUUCUCAAAUGUAUUCCUCGUGAAAAUUUAUGUUUUAUAUUUUUCAGUCAUUAUAUUACAUUAUUAAAGUUUUU